CGUCUUGUUAUUACCCCAGACUUAUAAGAGCGAAUUAAAAUGCAUUGUUAUAUUUGUGAUGAAAUUUUUAUUAUGAAAAUUGUUAUGGUGUCAAUAGUUAACCUGCAGGUAUUUUGUUUCAAAAUACUAUGAGUAUGGAGGGAGGAAGACAUAAGGCAAAGUUAUUUUAAUUUGGGUUAUAAUUCUUAGUUGGGUUUAAUUUUAUGGCUCCUUGUAGUCGUCUCUCAAGUCGCUCUAGUGACUGUGAAGUAUAUAGGGCGUUGAGGUCGUCGAUGCUUGCCGAAUUGUUUUGGAGGAGCGGCUUGCUACGCAUGAGUGGUACGUAAAUGUGUCAGUAAAUCACCAUUGGGCAAAUAUUGCUUCGUUGAUCAAUGGACGGUCGAAAAGCUCUGCUGCAAAACACGGCCAUAGACUCUUUUCAGAAAAAUGAAUGUGUGUCUGAGUUUCUUGCAGUUUCGGAGACAUGAAGUUUCUUCCGAAUUGUGCUGACAUUUUCGCUGACACGGCUGCAAAUUGAGCAUGCACGGUGAACAGGCUGGGUAGGCCAACGUCAAGUCGACUUAUUUCCGACAUUAUUGUUUUGAAUUUGAGGGCGCUCUUCAAAUUAUAAGGAGAAAAUAACAUUGGAUUGUCAAGCUUGAGGUAAUAGACGACUCUAGUCUACCUACAGUACUUGUGUGUUUCAAUCAGGUUUUUACACAUCUUAGCUGUAAACAGUUGAUUCUUGAGAAUGCCGUGAUGAGUAUGCGCCAUGGCAACGCCUAGUCCAGGCAACUCCUCGCAGGGGGGAGGUGGGGCGAGUAUUGAUGAGGGGGGUGGGGGUUGGGAGGUGUUCAAACAGCUCCUCCUUCCCCUGGUGGCCACGGUGUGCGCCUGCAUCUGGUUGCUCUUCAUCACCUACUAUCAUUCCCGGUGGUGGGGCUUUGUUCUGACUAAAAUUGCCAACCGGUUCAUCAAGGAGGGAUAUCUACAUGUCGGCUCCAUUUCAUUCUCGGUGCUGUCUGGAAAAUUGAUGUUCCGAGAUGUGGCCUACAUCACAGCGGACUAUGCUUGCAGGGUGCAGGAUGGCCUCUUAAUUCUCAGAUGGUGGAGACAGUAUCAGCCAAUAGGACAAAAGGAUGAUGCCCUGCAGUGUGUCAGCAGGGUCUACGUUCUGCUCAAUGGGCUUGAAUUCCACUGUUACAAUAUCUCCAGCGUCUACAACGAAAUUGAGAAGUCCUUCCAGCCCAAGACAGACACAGGAACGGAAUCGCAAGAGAGUACGGGCUCAGGAGAUAAAAGAUCCAAGUCGUCGUCUUUAAACACUAGACCAGCUCUUCUGGACUGGAGGGAUUUUGUCGGCGUUGUUAAGUUUGACAUUCAUAACGGUCGUACCGUCUUCGGCAAUCCCUUUGUCCCCAGUGUGCUGAUCCUGAGCAUUGAAGAUGCCAAAGGCUCCUACACCACCCGGUCUCCCUCAGCUCCCUGGGAUUUCUUCAUGCAUGAGGUCCUCUGUGAAGGGGAACAGUUCAAGGUCAUCCUGGCGCCAAGCCCAAAAUUUGAAGGACCGACAGACGAGCCUCCUCGGUACAUGGGCGAGGGGUUUGUGGUCGUCCAGUCCAACACGCUACACUUCCACUACUCCCAGGAUGAAGCAGGCUUUGUCCCUCUGAACGAUUGUGGGGCAGACGAGCUGAUUCCUCCCUGCUGGGCACUGGACGUCACCUGUGGGGCAGCCACCAACAUCAGCUAUGGUCCUUGGGCAGACAGGCAGAGAGAUGCCCUGCACAAGUUCUUCUUCCCGCAAGCCUACAAGACCCACGAGGUAACACCCAAAGCCAGGCCGGGCCAGAAACGACAGUUCACCAGCUUUGAGUUUCGGCUGAACACUGUGGCUGAGGCCACCAUCGACAUCCUCUUCAGCAAAGACAAGGAAACGAACGCUUUCCACAUCGAUGUGGACAAGGCGUCCUACGUGGAGGUCAGCAUUCCACUGCUGAUAGGGCCCGAGGGUUACCACACCAGGGUUACAGGUCAACUGCUGCAUGUAGACUCAUCCACCAGCAUGGAGUAUCGCUCACUCAUUGAAAGUGAGACAUUGCAGUUUCAGGUAGCCAUGCACUACCCUCGACUGUGGAACCACCACCAGAACUGGGAAGUGACGCUCACCUUCAGCAAGGCCACGACUUACCUGCUGUAUGCGCACAAGGGCUUCGUAAGUGAUUUGUUCUCGGAUUGGUCCACCAAGAGCCGCUCAGACUUGUUCGGUUUCGUCCCCUACACGGUGAAUAUCAACAUCAUCCUUCGGGAGUUUGUCCUGAUGCUGCCCACCAACAAGUACAACUGGGUGGACUGCUCCUCUCGCCAGCAGCAAAAUGUUUUUAUCGGCCUUGUUGGGGAUCUCCUGGACCUAUCGAUAGUUCUUCCGUACUCCGACUACUUGCCUCCAAGUCUACCAGUUACAGUUGUACUCCGGGCGGACUCUGUCUCCGGCCGGCUGUGUUUCCCAGAGUGCUACAGCAGCCAGCACUGCCUUCAAGGCCUGGACCGCUCCACCAAGGGGCCGGACAGCUGGGGGGAGGAUAAGAAACAGCUGGGGCUGUCGUCGGACCACUGGCAAGGCACCACGCAGGAGGAUGGCUGGGUGGAGUGUGCGGCCGUGCCGUACGUCGCCGUCAGCAUCACCUACACCUACCACCCCAUGCCCCUGGACGAGGACUCGCCCAUGAUCCAGAUUCGACGCACCCCAAGCGGCCGGCCUGAGCACCAGAGCCACCCGGCCCAGACAUCCUACGCUGGCUGGAAGCGGCCCGGCCGCAUUGCUGUGCCGUCCGAGUGGCUGCCGGACCGUCUGCAGCUGGAGGUGGACAUUGGGCCAGCCAUCCUCAUGGCCUAUGGCUCCAUCGUCAAGUGUAUACUGGCCCUGAAGGAGAACUAUUUUGGUGUGGACCAAGUCCCGACUGACUUCAUCCGACCUCCUAGCGACGGUCUGGAGGACAACCCCAAAGACACAGAGGGACGCAUUGUCAACGGUCUGGCGCUCAGACACAUGGAUGUCAUUGUGUCCCUGAAUGUAGACGGCAUAAAGGCCACACUUCCUGUGUACUGCGGCAAAACUGAGCCCUCCUGCCCCAUAGCGGUGCUAGACCAGCUCUGCUUUGAGCUUCAGAAGGGCCACUCAGAGACCAGACUACAGUUGCUGCUGUCCCCAGUCACAAUCAUGGUCUCCGAUUCACAGAAGAGAGUCGAUUCUCACCUUUGUGACGGCCACCUCGGCCUCUCCGGUCUGCAGCUCCGCGGCCACGCCAUGUUCUCAGACGAGGGUCUACCCAUGGACAGCGAGACUGUGGAGUACGCAUGGCUGCUGGACCUCCAGAUGGGGGUAUUGAGCGGACGGCUCACACCCCCUCAGACGCUGUCCUUGGUAAGCUUCCUCCAGCUCUUUGUCCACCUGGCGGUGGACCCGCUGGACGACCUCCAGCAGCCGAUCACGUCCAAGAACUGUGUCCACAUGGUCAAGCAGCAGCGGUGCCGCAUCAAGGAGCCCCUCUACCCGAUCCCCUGCCCGACCGAGGACGACUACAAGUACCGCAUGUUGCGGGUCAGCCUGAGAAGGGUGGAGCUCAUGCUGGUGGAGACAGGAUGCGCACUCCAGGUCCAGGUUGGGUUGCUUAACAUGGGAAAGUGCAACCUUCACAGUGCCAGCAUCGGCAACGGUUUAAGCACUACCAUCCGACAGAUUGAGGUCAAGCAGUUUGUCAGCCAGUCAGACAAACCCCAGGCAACCUGGCUGCAGGCCUGCUCUUUGGACUGCCCCGAGCUGCAGCUAGACCUGGCCAGCGUCCUUCGCUCCAAGGAUUCCUUCAAGGCCCAGAACCACUUCCUGACUGUCCGCGACAAGAAGACUCGGCGUCUGUGGUUCCUGUGGAAGGCGAACCCAGACGAGCCCCUGAACUGGCCCAGGGCCAAGUGUGGCUGCCGAGGGGGUUGCCUUUUCUUCAAUGCCCCCGAUCCAAACACCGUGCCCGACUGGAUGGGGGACACGUCCUCCUGGAAGGCUCCCCUAACGGAGGUGGAUAGGGACUAUGGCCGCAGCAUCCUCCAGCAGGGCCAGUGGAUCUUCUCUGUCUGCGACCGGACUCCCGUGGACUCUCCAUCCAGGGAGUUCAAAUUCACUCAGGGCUUUGUCACUGUCACUGCUUCGACUCUCCCUAGAGAGAUGGAGACUGGCGAGGUCCGAGCGGAUUCCCCUGAUGCAGCGGGGUCUUCCUCCAGCCUCCGGGAGCCUGUCAAGGUGCCCUCCAAAAGAGACUCCAGCUCCGUGUCGGUGCCAGACUCCCAGCAGCAGCCAUCACGGAAUGUCUCCCUGAGCACGAGCAGUGCCCAGGUUAGCACCACAUCGGACCCGACCCUGACCAUCAAGACCGGCUCAGACAGCUCCGUCUUUGAGCGCCACCCGUACCACUUCCACGGCAGCUCGCACAGCUUGCCAGUGGAGGCCAUGGCCCUCCAGAGCAAACUCACUCUGGGCCGGGGCAACCUGAGUGCCGAGAUGAUCCGGCAUCUGCAGGCAGAUGCGAACAUGACCUCAGCCCCUCUCAGCCCUCCCAUGCUGAGGUCCAAGGAGGUUUCUGAUCUCCCCCGCAUGAGAGACAGCUGUGGCUCUGUCUCCAGCCACGCUGAGAGUGAGUACUACUCAGCCGAAGACGAUUUCACUCUCAAUGGCACCAUGAGCAAGACACUCGUAGACACCCCCUCCAGCGGCAGCUUCGACACCAAUGCUCAAGAGAGUUCCCCGUCAAAAUCUUUUGCCGAUGAGACCUUGUCCUCCGCGUCCACUCAGCAGGUGGAAUCUCCAGGCUCAUUGCAGAGGCAGGACGAGAUAGACGUGAAACGACACUCCUCCUCCGCAUCUUAUGUGUCCGCGGCUUCCUCCGAGAGCAGCCUACACACCCAGAAGAAGCUGAAAGAUGCCAGUCCCCAGAGCCCCACCCAGCCCCACCCAUGGGUCUCCCCCAAGGCUUACUGCCACCACCUGACCCUGUGGGACUGCCAUGGCUGGGUGACUCAUCCGCCGGGCCACACCCUCCAGACACACCCUCCUUUCAGCCCUCUCUGUGCCCCAGCUACCACCCUCAUCAAAGGCAACAUCCCACUGCCGGAGUUCAGCGUCACCCAGGCUGGCCUGAGGCCAGGACUGGUGAGGAUGACGGACGUCGAGCAGAAUGACAUCUGCACUGAGUCCGAGUCGGAAGAUGAGGACAGCGCGGACAGCGAGAUGUUCCUGGGUCUUCCUCCGCAAGAAGUUCGACGUCACAACCGAGUCCAUUCCUCCCCGCCCUCCUACCAAUCCACAAAGACGCUCGCCACACAGUGUCAGAGUUCGUCAAAUGCUGCUAUUCUGUCUGUCAAAGGAGCCCUAGAUAUCCUGCUCACGCCACUCCUGAUGCAAGCUCUAGACAGAUACUUGCAGUCUGCUGGCAACGUGCUGUGCCUCCGCCAUCCGGAAGCCAUCGUGGAUGUGCUUCACAUGGACUGCAUAGGCGACGUGCAGGCAGCCUUCAAGAAUGCCAACAAGGCCGCUGGCCACAACAGCACUGAGUUCACCAUCAGCCUUGCUUUGGCUGUCCCCAAAGUAAAUCUUUUGGUAGUGCAAGCGUCCACCGAAUAUGACAAGCAUCAGCACCAUGUCAACCAAGCAUCAUUAUUGGUGGGUUGCAUUAGCAACAUUCAAGUUCAGUUGAUGAAUAAGACGACAGCCGAGGAGACGGACUCCAACACGCCGAGCCCCGCUGAGAAGAAGCAGAAACUGGAGGAGAUCCUGUCCGGUUCUCGGUACGGACUCCACACCGCGGAUCAGGACCCGGCGCUUAAGAAUCUGGAGAGCUCAGCGGUCGGGCAAGUCUCUGUGGGCAAGGUGCAUUGUCAGCUGCGGGGGCUGGACUGUCCCGGUAAAGACCGCAAGAAGCGUCACAUGUCGGGGGUGACGUCCAUCCCGCACUCGCUCUCUAAGGUCAUGUUCACCCUGGUGCCACUUUCGGGAUCUGAGGAGGCAGAGGACGUGACGGUGACGGCGCCGACUGGCUGCAGCCUGAUGGAAUGCGGGAUUGAGGGCAUUGCGGUCAGUGGCAGCAUGCAGUGCGCGCCGGUCAGCCCCCAGCCGUCCACUGCCGCUCCGUCACGGACCCACUCACGCCAGCCCAGCCAGAACUGGCAGGUGUCCCCAGAGUACCUCUCCACAACCCAGUCGGACCACCAGGGUGUCCCCUGGGGCAGGGCCCGCAGCAUCUGCGACGUGCUCCCCAACGCCUCGUCUGGGAUGGAACUGAGACACUCGGAUGUUACGUUAGCCAAGCAGGCCGGCAAGCCUACUAAAUCCAGGAUCGUGGAUGGCAAGAUGGUGAUCAGUUCAGUGUGGUUCCAUGCACCUACUCCAAGCCGGCUAUCAAAUGAUCAUUCAGCAGGUGUUCAAUCUGGUCUGAACCCAGUCAGUGCCCUGUCCCUGAUUGUCACCACCUGGCUGCCCGCCUCCCAGCAAGCACUCAUCAGGCUGAACAGUCUGAAGGCGGCCAACCACCUGCGAGUCUGCGCCGUCAUGGCAUGCAUCAUGGCCGAAGCGCACGAGAUGUCCUCCACGCAUUACAUCACCGCAAAGAGCAAGUACAAGCGCUGGACAUCAGAGACGGAUGCAAUUGGCCAGGACCUGUCCUGUCAGCUCUUCACUACUCUGUGGUACUACCUCCAUACCAGCAACCCCCAGCGCAUCGAGAAGCUGGUCAGUGAGGACGUGCCUGCGAUCCAUGUCCUGGAGCAGGGUACCCACGCCUUGAUCCGACAGUGGAAGGUCAUCCUGUCCAUGCUGAAUCCGGCCGUAACGGCUGCGCAGUUUCCCGCCAGCAGGCUGCCCCAAUUGGACGAGCAAGACGGGGUGGAUCCGCUAGCAGCAGCAGGUGCCCUGGAUCCAAAUCUUCCAGCUCACACACUGCAGACCCAGUAUUCUGGGGCCAGCGUCGAUCUGGACAUCGGUCCCCAAGACCCCUCGCAGCUGAUCACCCAGCCGGGGAUUGAGAAAGAUGACCCCGAGUCAGUGUUACUCAAACCAUACUCAAGCAAGUACGGGACGGGGUACAGCAUGUACGAGGAAUUUGCCGGCACCAGCAAAGUCUUAGAAAAUGCGGAGAAAUUCCAUGAGGUCCCAGGUAAUGUGACAGGCGAUGGUGGGACCGAGCAAACCUCACGACACAGGUCCCACACUGCAAGCAGCUGUACUCAGAGCAUCAGCGGGACACCGGGGAGGCACCAGAUGCUUGAAGCGGGCGGGCAGAAGCUGAGCAUUGACAGUGCUGAGGAGGGGGCAGAGAUGGUUGAAGAUGAGAGAGGAGUAGAAGAGGCAGGUACGACCGACGAGGCAUACAAGAAUGCCCAGCCGCAGGAUCUGAAUCUCAACCUACCCUACUCGAACAGCUUCAUCCCAGACGCAGCCAUCACACCAACCAUCAUGCAGCUGGGUGAUGCAGACAUCCUCUUCAAGCCCCUCCUGAAGCAUCUGGGCAUCGCACGCAAACAGCCCGAGCACUUCAUCAUCAAGAAGAAUCUCCAGCAGACAAGUGUCACCCUGGAACUGCAGCGCCUGAGCCUGACCAUUGUUGAGUCCUCCCCCCGCCAGCGCAGCAGCAGCCGGGGUAAGAAGUCCCGUGACAAGGACCCCGCUCGGAACAAGGCCUCUUUCCCCUCCUUCUCCAGCGAGAGCCUCGUCUUGAAAUUCUCCCUGAAUGAGUGCACAGAGACCGGCCGGCAGACUCCUGAGCUGGGAGACCGCUCCCUCAAACCGUCCCCCUCAGACAGUUCCGGGAUGCCGGUCAACCAAGGCGGUCAGUGCCAGGCCUUAGCGGCCUACAUCUCCAUCCACUGGGCUCGUGCCAUGCCCGUCAUGAACAUGCCCCUUUUGCGGCUUCUCAGCCAGCUCGUCCAAGUGGGCCAAGCCAUGCAGGAGGCCAAACGCCACCUGCCCGGCAGCAAGAGCGGCACUGACACGGAGCCCAGCACAAUGAACAGCGACCUGUCAGCCACUAUGCUGCGGCAGCAGGCCACCUUGCCUCGUGUGGACAGCCCUGACGGUCACCACGGCGACACCAUCUCCUUCAGCUCCCAAGCCGACAGUGAGGUAAUCGCCCAGUGCUGGCAAACCAUGUACCACCUCAUGAAUCUGUACUCAGGGGUGACGCAGCCAAUCAACAGCCUCGACACAUCCCACGUGAUUGUCAAUCCUUUGUUCCGGAUUGAAAACGAACAUAUGAUUGGCCGGUCCAGGGACAGAGGAUCAACAUCGGAAUACAGGCGAUUGGUGGAAGAGUUGGACGAAGUGGACGGCGGGUUGCCAAGCAAGACCACCAAGGAGGAGCCCACCCAGCAGCCGCUGCAUGUCACCAUGCUGUGCACCAUCCUGCUGGAGGAGCUGUGUGUAGUGUCGCAGCUGGCUGGCCUGCAGUGCGAGGCAGAACUCAAUGACGUCACAGCCUGCGUCAACACCAAGCUGGUGGUGCCUGCACCAGGGAGUGGCCAGAAGCAUUGUUCCCAGAGAUCUGUUUUGAUCACUUGUGAUGAAGUCAUCGUUGUGUUAUCUGAGAGACAGAAGCCAAAUCCGUUGUGUGUUGUGACGCUGACAUUGGACAAGCCCCAGGCGUCUUGCGUGGUGGCCAGCCACUCCGACCCAUCCCACGUCAUCACCCACUUCAGCUGGCAGUCCCUGGAUGCCAGCCUGCCCAUCAACCUGGCCACGCUGCACGGCGUGGUCACCCGCAGCAAACGCAAGCUGACGCACCGCAUCCGGGAGCUGCAGUCAGCGCUGGCCCAGCCCCAGGCUGCUGCGGGCGAGGGCGAGACGGACGGGGAGGGGGCGGGGACAGGGCCGGGGGAGGAGGAAUCCGAGAGAGGCCAGACUGACCCGCCCGCUUCUGCGGAGGCCAUUGCCGCUGAUGUUGCUUCUCCGGGGUCCACGAAUUGGCACAUUGCCAGCACGCUGAUGCUCAACAAUGUGUCGUUGCAAGCGGUUGUCCUGCCUUCACUGAAAGCUCAGUACAUCAUCCGUGAAAUCAAGGGCACUGCUUCAUGCGAAGGAGGGAUGACCAAGUACGGCAUCGAGAUGCCCACGCACUGCCUCAAGUUCAGCUCCAAGGGUAAAGAUGGUGAUCAGUUGUCGACCGCAGAUAUUGACCUCCCUUGCAUCACAUUCAGCGGCCAGUACAUCCUGCCCAAGCAGCCAGAGCCCAGUAAAACAACAGCGGCGGUGGCGGCGGCUGCACUGCCCUGCCCUGCUAGCCUAGACUCAGUGAUCACCAUCGAGGCCCUCCAUCACAGCAUCUCCACAGGCCUGGUCAACCAUCUCAUCACUGUGCAGCAAGUCUUCCUGACUGAUUUGUCGAGUUUACUGGAUGAUGUGUUUGGAAUUGACGAUCCUCGAAAGCCAACGCAACAUGAGGAUGUGACGGAGACAGCUGUAGCAAGUCGGUCAGACUUUGACAUUUCACUGCUUGUCAAAUUAAAAGGUGUCCAGAUAACCGCAAUCACACCCUCAGCCAGCGCCAUGCGACUAGAGACCGGUGCUGUCGAGGUUCAGUUGUCCAACAGAAUGACUGGAGCAGGAGGCACCACCAUCUCUGAGCCGGGCAGCAUGAAGUUGUAUGCCAAGGCCUUGAUCGAUCUCAACAUAAGUCUGGGUACCAUGCAGAGGUCACACGGCCAGAGCGAGGCCGACCCCGAACUGCACCAGCUGGCCUACUUCAAGGCCAACAUCGGGCUGACAAAUGCGCCAAGACAAGACAACAUGGCCUCGCUUAAGGAUGAGAAAGCCGCCUUCCUAGUGACUCUGACCAAACCGAUCUUGUAUCUGCAGCCCAGUGCUGUUGACAUAGCCGUCCUGGUGUGGGUGUGCUACCACAGCGCCUACGAGCAGUGGCGGGACCAGCAGAAGCAGACAGCUGGCACGCGGGUGCAGGCCACCCGGAACCCCCUGCACCGACAGCCCACCUCCCUGGAGAAGCUCAGCUCUGUCUUCCUGCAGCUCACCCUGCAGGACCUGGGCAUCUGCAUCCCCAUCAACCCUACCUUCCAGAACAUCUCUUCCCUCUCCGGUGGAAUGCCGGAACCAGACUACCAUUCGGCCCUGGUGCUGACCCUGGAGAGCUCUCUGAUCACAGCCUGCUACAACAGGUCCCUGGUCACCAAGGGUUUCUUCCAGACUUUCUGCCUUCGAUUUGCUGAGGACUUCAACACCUCGCUGGAGAACUGGAAACCACUCAUCUACAAGGGACUCAUGAAUUCAUGUGUUGUACCACAAGGAACCCUGGAGUUGUGCUCACGGACUGUCAGUGCAGACAGAACCGACCCAGCCCAGACCUCCAACGCCGGCAAGUGGAUGCUUAACUUCCUCUGGCGGAUGGAGGGCUUUGACGUGCAGGUCAACCCCUCCAUCGGCCGGCAGCUGUCGGCCCUAGCUAACACGUUGACUGCUUUGGCCGGGGACGAUGAUGAAGUGGACGUGGCUGACCUGAGCUCGGUGGCCGAGCCCCAGGACGAGCCGGACGGCAUGAUGCCUGCCACCAGUGAGUCCAAGCCGGUGCUCAGGAGGCCUACCUCGUUGUUUGUCAGCAAGCAGGAUGCCAAGCGACACUCCAAGAUGGUCAUGCAGGAAAUGACAGAGCAGGCCAAAAUUGUCAGCGACCUCAGAACUCUGGGUGCCAAGAAGGUCACCAUAGCCGAGGAGCAGGAGAAGCUGCGGCAACUCGAGAUGGCUGUCUUCAAUGACUUCCGGCGAGACAUCCGCAAGCGACUCCGUAUGCAGACUAUGAAGGCGUCCUUGAGGAGCAAGCUGACAGCAGGGCUUCCCAGGUCCCCAGCGGGUGUGCCGCGCCAAGCUAGCGUGGGCGGUAGGACAGCCUCCCAAGGGAUGUCCGCUGCCCCAGUGACCGGAGCCAAACCAUUCUCAAAAUCAGGGUCCCGGCUCGCAGUGUUUCGUCCGAGAGCAGUUUCGGACAGUCCCAACGAGCACUCCUUGACUCGCGACCGGCUCCUCCCAAUUAGCCCACCCGGUUACAAGACUCCCAUCGGCAAGCGGCCGCAGGCAAUCUCUGAAUACACCCCCCACCCCUCGCACGUCACCUUCAACCUCCCCCGCAGCACCCCAAGUCCCCUAGAUGAGCUGCCGCCUUUCGUCACGGGCACUUCAUCGGUCGGCAUACCGCAGACCGAGCCCAGACGACGCAUCCGCAGCAUCGGCAGCCCCGAGUAUGCCGAGCUGAAUGCCACCAUCUCCGACCCGACAGACAUUGAGCGGGACCUGACUGCACCCGCUGGCAGCCGUGCCCGGCGACGCCUCCUGCAGCUGCACUCGGGCUCAGUGCCAGAGGAGAUGGACAGUGGCAGCGAGGGAUCGGACCACGAGGAAGAUGGCGGUGUUGCGCCCCAGGUCUCACAGAGCUGGCCAAGACCUAGAUCUUCCAGCAGCCAGCGUCGAGGCCGGACCGGCCUCCACAUUGACCCCAAGCUGCAACUGCAACAACAGCACCAGCAGGCUCCCGUCUCGCCGGCCCACUCCACCAAGGUGGAACCCCCCACCGUGGACUUUGAGCUGGACGUGAAGUUCAACAUCGAUAGCGGCAUGCUGGUGCUAAACUGCCAUGGGAUGGAGGAGCAAGGAGACGUCUCCAUCAUGGGACGCACUGGGGAUGCACGCAGGCCACCCGGCCUGUACGAUGACAUCAUCACCACUCACGCUAGACCCUUGCUCAGCCGUCAUCCCUCCCCGGGCUUGAUGGAGCCACCCAAGCAAUCCGUCUUCUACCUGCCGGCCUUUGAUGUCAAGUUGCACUACCAGUCAUCGGUCAACAGUGGGACGGCCGGCCGAACCAAUGACUCAGAUCGAGAGAGGGAGCCCCAGCAGGGGACCACCAGUAGUGCGGCCGACACUUCGUCAACAGAGGGCAGCAUCGACAAGAAAUCCCAGCACGGCAGCAAGCAGGCUGUGCUGUACACGUGGUUCAUGCUAACAUCGCCCCCUAAGGAGGUGGUGGUGUCUCUGUCGUUGUUGGAUUUUUUGGAGGAAGCCCUGGAGACGGUGCCCACAUCAGCAGCUACUGCCCAAACGAGUGAUUUGACCCAAAGCGUGGAAGACAUUGGUGUGUCGGCCAACUCCUUGGUGUCUUCGUCCACCAUGGAUUCUAGCACGUUCCCUGUGGACGUCGUGGUGUAUGUUUGCCUGAAGCCAUCUGUUAUUUGCCUGAGUUGUCUGCCUGCCUCUAAGGUGGAAUGUCUUCUAAAGCUUCCCACUGUCGAGUUUGCCUUCUCGUCGAGAGGUAGCAGUCAGACAGAUCACCUGGCUGACAGCAGUACGGUGUUAGAUACCUCACAUUCAUCCACUACAUCCAAAGGGAGCAGGGUCACAUUGACUGGGGACGUAUCAGACCGUGUUGGCCUGAGCAUCGCGGCUGUCAUGUCAGACUUCUCUCUGUAUGUCUUCCAUCCGUACGGAGGGAGCCAGCGCCGAGAGAGAUUGGUGGAGGAAAUGGAAAGCCGAACAGAUGUUGGUAGUGAGGAGGGCAACGUGCCUUGGACCACUCCAUCCAGAAAGGAUGCCCUCUCCCUCAAAGUGGAGUUCAUCAAGAUCAACAUGUCGCGCUCCCGCAAGCUGGUAACCAUGCCCUCUGCCUCAGCUGCCUCCAUAGAUCAAGGUGUGGAGACCUUGGCUGGCGCCCGACAGGACCAGCUGCACCAGGAGAGGCGGGACACUGACCUGUUAGCCGCAUCCCAGCAGCAGCCACGCCCGCUGUCGCACCAGCAGUCUCCACCCUUCUUCCGGGAUGAGCGCCCCAAGUCACCAGCUUUGUCUUCCUCGCCAAGCACGUCACAGAAUAACAACCAGUUUUCAAUUCUGUGUGACAUCGGCACAGCGGCCUUCAAGUACGACAUGCGACGCCUGACUGAGAUCAUGGCCUUCCCCAAGGCCUGGUAUCGCAAGAGCAUCAUGAAGCGGAUGUUCCUCGGUGAGGAGCAGACGGCACAGGAGAGCGAUGACCAGCCAUCAUCAGCUUCCGUGAGUAGUAGUGCCACGUCGUCGGACUACGAAGAUGACUACUCCCCACAGAAGGUGCCCCAUGUGCUGAAGAAGCACACCCCCUCCCUCAAGCGAGACUUCCCCUUCCCGCCCCCCUCCCCCAGUGUCUUCAGCGUCCACUCUCAGCAUUCCAGCCCUGCCACCUCGGACGCUAAGAGCGUGCCGUCCGUUGCAGCUGUGCAGCACCGACUGGCCAAGGAAGCCCCCCAGGACAGGGACCACAGCCUGGCCAGUCUGCCCUCGGACUCGCUCCGUCGCAGCGGCAGUGGUAGCGGCACCAGCAGCUCGGCCGGGGGGACGGUCAAGGCCGGCCCUACCUGGCACACCAGCGUCCGGGUGGGCGUCAACUUCACCAAGCUGGACAUCCACAUGAACAUGAGCAACGUCAUGGGAAGCACGGUCUGGUCGACUACAGACCUGCGCACUCAGGGCUACGUGUCCAUCGACAGCGUGGGUAGCAAGGAGAUACAGAUGUGCACCAGCUUGAGGCAGAGUACCUUGGAAGCUAAAGGCGGAGUUAUCGGUGGCCAGGUGGUCAUUGAACAACUUGGUGGCACAUCGAGUCACUCCCAGCAACCAUCCCAUGCCCCUAGCCACAAGCUUGGGGCCGGCCUGGGCCUUAUGACAGUCCGUAUUGACUACAUGGGCUCCAGCAUCAUCAUGCAGAGAUUGGAUAAAGUCCAGGUCCAACUGAGCGAUGAGUGGAAACUGGCUGAUAUGACGGGGGCCAACACCAGCCAUAGCAGGUCGUCGUCGGUCUACCUGGACGGUCAGCUGGAGUGGGACACCUUCCAGCUCAUGCUGUCGCGCUCCAGCACCCCGGACCUGAUCAAGAUGACCGGCCGGCUGGAGGAGUUCUUCAGCCAGCAGUUCCAGAGCAGCAAGCGCAUGCUGGCCUCCUGGCAGCUUGGGGGGUCCAGCGGCGUGUCCAGCCAGCCGUCCAGCGAGGGGACGCGGACGGGCAGCGAGAGCAGCAGCACGCGCAGUCUGGAGCGGCUUACCAUGCAGGCUGAGAGGAACUACCAUCGCCACUGGCAACCGGCCUUUGCCCUCCUGCGCAGCUGCCGCUCCAACAGCAAGCUCCUGCCACCGCAGUGGCACGCCGGCAACCUGACGCUGGGCGGCCACGUCCUGCUGAGCGGCCAGCGCACCUUGCUGGCCUGCUUCCAUGGUAUCAACUUCCGGGCCAGUUCCUGGGCUCUUUUCACCUUGCAGGAGCCCCAGCUGCACUUUGAGACUGAGGCCGUCCCCAUCAGGCCCAGCAAGAGCGAUGGCCAAGAUGGAACCAACAUCAUCGAGGACCUGGUCUUCAACCUAGGCCACAAUCAGACAGAGAGGGGUGAAGGGUCAAUGGGAGUCAUCUACCGGGUCACCCGUACCGAGCGUCACCACUUCCCUACCAAUGGAACCAUCGAUCAGUGUUUCCACUACGUCUGUGCUAUCAAAGCUCCCGAAGAUUUUGAGCAUGUUCUGACUUCCAGCAGCAUGCCGGUCUACAGUAGCAAGGAGACCUUCAGGCACACAGCUGAGCCCAUCUUUGCUUUACCCAAGCUACAGCUGGAGAUGAAGUCUAACCACAUGCAGUCCACGCACAGCCCGGCCCUCAAUGGGCCACCCCAAGCUGUAACAGUCAGCUUUGUCACCCAUUUCACCGAUCACAUCAACGUAGCCAUGGACAUCGAGCUCAUUCUCUUCCUUCAUGCAUUUGUCACGGCCUACAUCAGCUACAAAGACAAAGCCACCCAGUCCCACCGCAACUCGGUGUCCAGCAGGCCAACUAUGAAAGCCUCGACGGAACAGGACAUCCUGUCGUUGCCGGAACCCGCCAGCACGGCUACCAGUGAGGUCACGCCCUCCAGUGGGGCCAGUGAUUGGAGGGAGUUCCAAUGCAUCACCUGGCAGUUGGAGCCCACCAUCAGGCUGUUGUCGUGGGGAGGCAAGCAGAUCGAGCCCAUCGGGGUGGACUACAUCCUACAGAAGCUUGGGUUCUCCCAUGCCCGGGUCACCAUCCCCAAGUGGAUGCAGCGGGGGGCCAUGGACCCACUGGACAAGACGCUGGCCUUGCUCAUGGAGAAGCUCAUUCAGUACAUCAAGGAGAACGACUGAGACGGCAAGCUAGCGAUUUGGGCCCAGUGUCGAGGAAGAAACACGACACUCGGUAGGUGGGAACCAGUUUAAAAAAAUAAUGCAUUAUACAUCACAUUUUUGCCUGGUAACCCCUUUGUCUUAGCGUUGUCAUGUUUGUGUUCAGCAGAGUUGUCUACAAUGAAGUAUCUCUGUUGAGUUUUCCCCAAGCCAAUUUUGCACGGCGGAGGAAAAAAAAAAGGCAGGCCACUUAGUGGUACGAUACAGGUAGUUUUCUCUGCCGGUUUUGAUAUCCCCCCCCCCCCCCCGCAUUUUGAAACCUGUAGACACUAUGAGUACAGCUUUUUAUUUGCCUGUCCACGUAGACUUUUUCCUGAGCAAACGGCUUCAGGAAACGUCCUGGGAAUUUUCAGUGGCCCAGGCCAACUUGUAGUUUUUGAGAAGAUGCUGAAAAAAGUUCAAAUCGGUUUCUCUUUUUUAUAAAUACGAUCACCACAAAUCACUGCUACGAGGCUGAAUUUCUUUGAAGAACUCAGUGACAGUAGAAAUCUACAUGAGCACAUGCAGACACACCGACUCAGUAAGGUGAAAAGCAGUGUUUCUGCAAUACCGGCAGUUACCUUUGAACUAUCUCGUGACUGAGCAUUUCCAUGAAAUGAGCUAGUGAUCUCUGUGUGGAAUAGUCGAAAGAUUGUCAGCGAUGAAAUGGGGAGUAGGCACACGUUUUGUAGUUGUACUGAAAUUUGAGUAACUUUUGUUGUUGCUUUGGCGACAUUUUCCUUGUUAGAAAUUAGAUUUUUUUGAAAAGCAUUUUAUAGUUUCACUUGCUUGGUACUGUUAACAGAGGGGGCAAGAAUCGGAGAAAUAAUACUGCCAAAUUGUGAGGAUUUCCCCCCCCCCAAAAAAAGUUGCCACAGGUAAAACAAAUCAAGUAUUGUGUACCAACUGAUAUGUAGAAAUUAUGUACUCGUUCAUUGAGGUUCCCUUUUUGUACAUAAUAUGUACUGAUCACUCUGUAAAUUUGCAAGCCUGUAAAGUAACCAAUUAUAGGGCAUUUUGAAAAUAAGGAGUAAAAAACAAAUUUUUUUUUUCCUAUUAAUUUUUUUGUUUGGGGUUUUCUAAGAAUUUUUUUAUUUGGUUUUGUUGUAAAGGAUGAGUUUUUUAAAUCGGACAUCUUAAUGGCGGAAGUGACUUCUGGUAUACAUUUUUUCUCAGGUUUUUAAUUUGUGAUUGUGGUCAAUUUCUCGUUUGGAAUGUUAGGUUUGCAGCAAGGAUUUUCCUUUGCCUAUGACUCAAGCUGUUCAGAAGGCAUACAUGGAAGUUACUUUUUUUUUUAAGUACUACUGGAGCAAUGACGCGGAAUACUUUUGGUAGAAAUUUUUAUACAUUUUCUCCUAUUUUGCACCUUGAUGAAGUGAAACAAGAUGAGGGUUGUGAAAACAUCAGUUUAAAAAGAAAUCAACAAUUUGGUAGAGGAAUAAGCUUUUUACAAGUUAAAUUUAAAUUAAGUGUAGUUCACCAAGUUCUUUAAAUUCACACGAACAUAAUUUAAAUUUGCCACACUAGUCUGGAUACCAGACUCGACGACUCCGACUAUCCUUGUCAAAUCCAAGGGUCCAGUUUCCGAAAAACAGCUGAAAUAUUCAGAACUCAUCCUGUUCAUAUUUGGUAUUUAUGGCCGUGUCUGUACGCAUAAUGGGAUUUAUAUACAUGUACAUGUAUAUAUUUUUACUUUUGCUUGCUGCCCACAUGCAACACAAUGUUACUUCCUUCCUAUGCAUUUUGUCUCGCAUGUUUUCAAACUGACCAUCUACAUUAACGGCCUGUAUGUACAUCUGAGCAUAGGAUCCACCCAGAGCUUUCCUUGUGACCCUUGACAUGCUGCGUCAUGAUCUACUUACAUGUAUAUACGUGGGUGAUACUCAACCAAGUGUUGAUCAAGGUUGUUAGGGGAACCAGACUAUUACUAUACCUUGCGAUUUGGGGCAAGCGUUUCCUUAGUUACAUAAGAGAGGCCUUGCACCAGGACAGUUUUCAGUGGAUAUUAGAUGGCAUGGAGGAACCAGUCCGUUUAAGAGAUGGUGGUCGCUAUCCAAACGCUUGCCCCGAAUCACAAAAUAUUUUCUUUAGUCUGAGGAGUUCAAAUUGCUAUGUUUCAGUGCAAUCAGAUAUGUAUGUACUGAACUCUCUGAUUUUACUCUAAUUUCACUCGCAAACGGCUUAUUGCUCCAGUGUCCCAUAGUCUACUGUAAACAUGUACAGUGAUGAACCCUCCUGUUUUAACCGUCAGAAAUGCCUUCCACUUGAUUUCCCCCAGUACACAGACACAUAUGGGAAAUUUGACUGAUUUUGACUGAUAUGACAACCGUUCCAAGAGUGUAUCUUAGCAUAGAAGGGUUAAUGAUCUUGCUAGACAUAAGUGACAAUGUAAAGUACGGACACAGUACAGUACCAACUACAAUACUUCUGAAAACAAGUAGAGUACUAUUAAGGAUGCUAUUUAUGGAUAUCAUAUGUCAAAGGCCAAUUACAUAAUUACUUUUUUUUUUGUGGUGUACUCUUGUAUAAAUGAAGGGCUUGUUUUUGUACCAACCUUGUUAAAUUGUUUGGACGACACGAGUGGUCGUUAUUCUGUGGUGAUCGGCAUUUUUCUUUGAAGUCCGAAUCGGUUUUGUUUGACACUGCCCACGUGCCAUUCUUGUGUCUAGAGGUACAUGUAGGUGAAGAUUGUCACCAAUUGCACAAAUGAGCCCGCGCACUGAAAGCACACACGGCCAUGCCACGCGGCAUGGCUUUUACAAACCAAAGAUACAGAUCAGUGUGCUCUGGAAAGUGUCGAACAAAAAAGAUGCCUCGUAACACCUCACUUGGUGCCUUUGCUCAGCCUUCUGAAGGUGCAAAAAAAGGAACAAACCAAACAAGUUUGAGAAAAUAGACGAUACACUUGAAAGUUUGUCCUGGAAUUGUUGACACCAAUGACAAUACUUGAAACUGACGCCGAGUUGGUUAACCUGGCGAGCAAAAACUGUAGAGAUGGUUACUUUGGUGAGCAACGUGUAAUAAAUAAUUUAUACUUAUACUGAAAAAUUUGAA